UCUUGUUUCUUGCGUCUCAAAUCUGACAUCACUGCUCUCGCUUGUGCGGCUCGGAAACCGUGGACCGCUAUUUACAAUAUCGCAUCAUCUGGCGCCGCCAUUGAAUAAUUUUAUUCGCUGUUUACGAACAUUCUGUCAUUCAAAAAGAUAGCGUUCGAUCAAUUAAAUUAAAUUGAUUACCAUUUCAGACAUGGAGACGUUAAUUUGCAAUAAGUGCUUUAUUCCAAUAUUCCGAGGAAAACAGCCGCACUACAUUACACAGUGUGGCCAUAUAUCUUGUCAGAGUUGUUUGCAACAAGUAGAGAAACAAUGUCCGCAAUGCGAGUUUGUUGGUCCUAUAACCAUACCACUGAAGGAGCCGUUGAUGCCCAAGGUGGCUCCAUUCUUCAUGUCUUUCACUGAAAGUUUGGAAACGUUGUUGAAAGUGGAUAUGUUCCGCAAAAAUCAAAUGAAAAUAACAAUGCAGCGUUUUCGCGAAGUUGAUAAGAAAUACGAGGCAUUGAAGACUCACUUUUUUAUGGAGCGACGAAGAUUAAAAAUGCUGAACGAUAAAUUAAAAAUGUUGAGCGAUAAAUAUAUGAAUCUAAAGGCUGAGAAAGAGAAGCUCAGUAAAAAGCUUUCUGAGAUGGAUAAUCAACGAGCUACGUUUUAUGCAAAGACACCAGCAGAUUCCGCUAUUUUUACACAUUCAUCAAGUUCAAAAUAUUCUACGGAAUCGUUAGAUUUUUUGAAAUCCAUUGAUAUGACACCUGUAAAUUUAGUUGAGCCAAGGAAAGAAUAUAAAACAAUUGAUGGUUUUCGUGAUUUUCGUGUACCUAAUAAUCGCAAACCACCAACAUCAGUGAAUUCCCGUCUCUCAAUGAAUACCAGUUCAAUCUGCAGUUUUAUGAAAUAAGGUAUUUCUUUACCUUUGUUUCUUCUUCAUAAUUAUGUUAUAUUAUAAAUUUAUCAUAUUAUCUUAAUUAAGUUAUAUGCGAUAGAAAACCUAAAUGUAAAUUUAAUUUAUAACCAAAAAAU